AUGGACUCAUAUGUGCUUAUUGGUCCCAAUUUUAAAGACUGGCUGAAAACUCUGACAAUUGUUCUCAAUCUUGAUAAGUCAGCUUAUGUCUUAGAGGCACCUUUACCAAUAACAGUGGACCCUAAUGCCCCUAAGGAAGAUCAAAAGGCUUAUGCUGAAUGGGUAGAUGUCGACUUACGAGUUCGUAGUUAUAUGUUGGCAUCAAUGAACUUUGAACUUCAAACUCAGUUUGAGAAUAUGCAGAGUGCGAUUGAACGUACUCUCCUUGAGUUUCUUAAUGAUAUUCAAGAAUUUUACAAUAAUGAGAAGAAAGGAAAAACACUAGUUGAGUUGCUAGCUACCUUUGCCACGAGAGGCAAAAAGAGGCAAGCUCAAAAGCCUUAG